AUGGCGGACGAGGCAGGCAUUCUGGACGAGCUGAACCACGAGGGCAGUGCGCUGCAGACGGCCAAGGAUCUGUUUGCAGGCGCUGCAGGCGGUGUAGCCCAAGUGCUGCUGGGCCAGCCGUUUGACAUUAUCAAGGUGCGGCUGCAGACGAGCACGGCGUACGCGGGAGCAGGCGAGGCAGCGGCGGCGAUCUGGCGCCACGAGGGGCCGCUGGCGUUUUACAAGGGCACGCUGACGCCGCUGCUGGGCAUCGGAGCGUGUGUGUCGGUGCAGUUCGGAGCCUUCCACCAGGCGCGACGCUGGUUUGAGGCACGGGCGCAGCAGGCGCGCGGCCGCCCGGAGCUGACGUACGGCGAGUACUACGCAGCCGGUGCGUUUGCUGGCCUGGCCAACGCCGGUCUGUCGGGGCCGAUCGAGCACGUUCGCAUUCGCCUGCAGACGCAACCACACGGUGGUCAGCGGCUGUAUGCUGGCCCAGCUGACUGCGUGCGCCAGCUGGUGGCCCAGAGCGGUGGCGGCCUGCAGGGCGUCGGCCGUGGCCUCUUCCGCGGUCAGGCCGUCACCCUCUGGCGCGAGGCCCAGGCCUACGGCGUCUGGUUCCUCACCUUUGAGUGGCUCAUGAACGCCGAUGCUACCCGCAACGAAAUUGCUCGCAAGGAGGUGCCCGCUUACAAGGUCGCCUUUUACGGUGGCCUGGCUGGCGAGGCCCUCUGGCUGGCAUCCUACCCCUUUGACGUCGUCAAGAGCAAGAUGCAGACGGACGCCCUCGCCCCGGCCGACCAGCGCUUCCGGUCCAUGCGCGACUGCUUCGCCCAGAUCUGGCGUGCCGACGGCUUCCGUGGCUUCUGGCGCGGCCUGACUCCUACUUUGAUGCGUGCCAUGCCUGUGAGUGCCGGUACCUUUGCCGUGGUUGAGGCGACCAUGCGGGCAAUUAAUUAA